AUGGUGCGCAAGCGUAAGUUAGGGGCAUCUGCAAGUUGUGAAGCUGAAGAUGUUAAUUGUGCUGAAAAUGCAAUAGACAGAUUUAGCAAUCUUCCAGACGAAGUUGCUCAUCGGAUUCUUUCCUUCCUCUCUUUCAAAGAUCUCACUCGAGUGGGCGCCGUGUCGAAAAGAUGCAGGCAAUUUCAUCUAUCAGUUCCGGUCGUGAGUUUUGAUUAUUCAAGUUGCAAACCGCGUGGAGUAACCAACCAGAAGAUAGUGAAGUUGAUGAGCUCUUUGGAUAGGUACUUGUGUUAUCGUGGUGAUCAUAGGAUGCAAGUCUUCAGCAUUAAUUGGAGCUGCUUUGGAUCUGAACAAGCGAGCAAGUUUUCUGAUGAUCAUUUUCGGGUGAUCACCUGGAUUGUUAAUGCGGUGAGGUGCAAUGUUGAAGUGCUUGAUCUCCGUUUGGCAUGUGAUUUUCUUGCGCUUCCAUCUUGCGUUUUUCUUUCUAAGUCUUUGCAGUCUCUAUCAGUGCAUUUGACUUGGAUGAUUCUUGAAGCCCCGUCUGAAUUACAGCUUAUUUGGGUUUGGAUUCGAGGAAUGCAAAAAAUCUCUAUUGAAAGUUCGUCUUUAGAAUCCCUUCUUGUUUGGAUCAAUGAUCCUAACCCUAUUCAUCUGAACAUCUCUGGUCAGAAAAUUGAAAGUAUUGAUAUAAGCUUUAAGGAUUACCACGCACUAACGAGCAGCAUAGAGUGUACCUGGGCGAAGGUUCUUAUCAUAAACGAGGAGACCAUGAAGGCAUUCAAGGAAGGUUCCAUGUCAGCACCAUUGGAUAAUAUUCGUAAAUUGGGUAUUCAUUGUAGUAGCUUGAAAGAUGACCUUGUCCCAGCAAUGGUCUCUCUUGUUAGAGGAAUGACUAAUUUGAACAGUCUAUACAUAAAGACUAGCCUUGACGGAGGGGACGCCAAAUCUGUAGAAACUCCCAAGCACCUUCAUCAGUGA